UAAAACGACGAUGGGACUGGCGGUAAAUCGUUGCCCUAUCUUUCAUCGAGAUGUCUUCUGCUUCUGCUUCUGUUUCUGCUACACAGUUCGACUUCGCCACGAACUUGUUCCUGGAGGCAACCACCCUCACCCUCACUAAACCUCAACAGAGAUGGCGCUUGGUUUUCAAAGCCAUCUACUUCACUCGAGCCCUCGUUUCUCUUCCUAUCAAGAGGAACAAUCAGAUUCUUACCCAUCUCUCUUAUUCCCCUCAACAGAGAUGGCGCUUGGGUUUCAAAGCCAUCUGCUCCACCCAAGCUUUCCUCUCUCUUCUCAGCGAGAGGAAAAAUCAGAUUCUCACUCAUCUCUCCGUUUCCCGUUCGAUUUCUUACACCGCUCUUGACAUUAAUGAUCACGACUAUACUGAUUCCACACCUUUCUCCAUUAUUGACCCCAAAAGCCUCGUUGCCCUCGUAAAGGAGAGGAACUUAGAACUUCUUGAUCAGUUUGGAGGUGUUCAUGGAGUUGCUGCUGCUCUCAAUGUUGAUUGCGAGGAUGGAAUCCAUGGUAGCACCGAAGAUGUUACUCGCAGAUUCAAUGAAUUUGGUUCUAAUGAUUAUCAAAAGCCGCCUGCGAAAGGGUUCUUCCAUUUCGUCUUAGAAGGCUUCAAGAACUUCAAGAACACCAUAAUUCUCAUUCUUCUGAUACGUGUUGCUCUUUCUCUUGGGUUGAGCAUCAAAGAAGAUGGGCUUAAACAUGGGUGGUAUGAUAAUGGAAGCAUAUCUCUCGCCGUCUUUCUUUAUAUUUUUGUAUCUGCAAUCAGUAACUUCAAGAAAUCGAGACAGUUUGAAAAGCUCUCUCGCAAAAGCAACGACAUUAGGGUUGAUGUCAUCAGAGACGGACGACGGCAACAGAUCUCUAUCUUUGACAUCGUUGUCGGGGAAAUUGUGUUUUUGAAGAUCGGUGAUCAGAUUCCGGCAGAUGGGUUGUUCUUAGAUGGUCACUCCUUGAAAAUGUACAAGUCGAGCAUGACAGGGGAGAAUGACCAUGUGGACAUCAUCAAUGAUGACAACCCUUUCAUGAUCUCUGGAGCCAAGGUUGCUGAUGGGUACUGCAGAAUGCUUGUGACUUCUGUCGGUAUUAACACAAUUUGGGGAGAAAUGAUGAAUUCAAUUAGCCGUGAAACAGAGGAGCAGACCCCAUUACAAGCUCGCCUCCAUAAGCUCACUAAAUAUAUAGAGAAUGCUACUUUGAUUGUUGCUUUCAUUGUUCUUGUUGUAAAGCUGGUCCGUUACUUCAGUGGGGACACACAAGAUGAAAAGGGGAACCGCGGGUUCUGUGGAAGGACCAAAUUUUAUGAUGUGAUGAAUGCUAUGGUAGGUAUCGUCUCUGCUGCUGACACAAUUGUAAUGGUAGCCAUCCCAGAAGGCUUGACAUUGGCUUUCACUCUCACUCUGGUUUAUUCUAUGAACAGAAUGAUGGCUGAGCAUGCUCUGCUUCGCAAACUUUCAGCGUGUGAGACUAUGGGUUCAGUCACUACCAUAUGUACAGAUAAAACUGGUACCCUCACAUUGAACCAGAUGAAGGUCACUGAGUUUUGGGUUGGCGAAGAAGCAGUUACUGAUGGGGCUUUCGAGGUGAUAGAACCCAAUGUCCUUCAAUUGCUGCAAGAGGGAGUUAGUUUGAACACAACUGGCAGUGUUUAUAAGCCUAACUCAGGAGCUGUGCCCGAGUUUUCUGGUAGCCCAACUGAGAAAGCCAUUCUCUCUUGGGCUGUGUUGGAUUUGGGUAUGGAUGUCGAGGAAGUGAAGCAGAGUUGCACAGUUCUCCAUGUUGAAGCCUUCAAUUCAGAGAAGAAGAGAAGUGGAGUUUUGAUGACAAAGAAAGGCAAGAAGGGGAUUUGUGUGCACUGGAAGGGAGCUCCUGAGAUUAUACUAGCUCUCUGUUCAAGCUACCUUGGCAAAACAGGGACUGCAAAACCCAUGAAUGAAGGUGAAAGGAUGAAAUUUGAGAAAAUUGUUGAAGGUAUGGCAGCUAAGAGCCUUCGAUGCAUUGCUUUUGCCUACAAACCGAUCAUAGAAGUGGAAGAAAUUGGAAAUGCUACCCACAAGCUUGAAGAAGAUGGACUGUUCUUGUUGUGCCUAGUGGGUUUGAAGGACCCAUGUCGACCCAAGGUAAGGGAGGCAGUGGAAGUUUGCAGAAAGGCUGGUGUUAAAAUCAAAAUGAUCACUGGCGAAAAUGUUUUCACUGCAAAAGCUAUAGCCAUUGAAUGUGGAAUACUUGGAGCUGAUGAAGAUUUGAACAAUGGAGCAGUGGUGGAAGGUGUAGAAUUCCGAAACUACUCUACAGAAGAGAGGAAGGAGAAGGUGGAUACCAUCCGGGUCAUGGCAAGAUCUUCUCCCCGUGACAAACUACAGAUGGUACAGUGCUUGAAACAAAGAGGUCAAAUCGUUGCAGUCAUUGGAAUUGGCACUAAUGAUACACCUGCACUAAAAGAAGCAGACAUCGGGCUUUCAAUGGGAAUUCAAGGCACAGAAGUGGCAAAGGAGAGCUCAGACAUUGUCAUCUUGGAUAAUAACUUCAAUUCAGUAGUCACUGUUCUGAAGUGGGGUAGGUGUUUGCACAGCAACAUUCGAAAGUUGAUCCAGUUUCAGCUCACAGUGAAUGCUGUUGCCCUUGUGAUCAACUUUGUUUCUGCAGUUUCCUCCGAUCAAGUCCCAUUAACGGCAGUCCAGCUAUUGUGGGUGAAUCUGAUCAGGGACACAUUGGGAACUUUGGCCCUGGCCACAGAACAUCCCACCGAGGAGCUCUUAGAGAUGCCGCCGGUUGGUCAAACUGAACCAUUUAUAACCAAAGUCAUGUGGAGGAACAUCAUUGCCCAAGCCUUAUAUCAAGUAACAAUCUUGCUGAUUCUGCAGUUUAAUGGAGAGGCCAUCUUUGGUGUGGAAAAGAAGAUCAAGGACACAUUCAUCUUCAAUACCUUUGUCCUAUGCCAAGUCUACAAUGAGUUCAAUGCAAGGAAGUUGGAGAAGAAGAACAUAUUUGAGGGGAUACAAAAGAACCAAAUGUUUGUGGGGAUCGUGGGAAUGACACUUAUUCUUCAAGUGUUGAUGGUGGAAUUUAUGAAAAAGUAUGCAAACAAAGAGAGAUUGAAUUGGGGGCAAUGGGGUGCAUCUAUUGGAAUUGCAGCUCUAUCUUGGCCUAUAGGUUGGGUCUUCAAGUGGGUAUCAGUUUCUGAUUAACCAUUCUGUUUUAGACUUUUUUAAUCAUAGAUGUCUUUCUUAGGAUUACUAAAUGGGCACCACUUCUUUCUUGUAUAUAUUAAUAUGGUUCAUGAGUAUGGUUACGUUUUGGAAGGAUGAGGUUAUGUUUUA